UGUUGUAUCUAGGAACAUGUAUCAAUUCAUCUUUUAGACUAUACCAAACACGCUCUUCUUGGUUUUUUUGUAAACUGAGAAUAACGGACAUACUUUUCUUUAUAUCUCCGCUUAAACUGCUUGUUCAUUUAAUUGAUUUAUUUUAACUAAAACUAUAAAUCGAAAGGGCAAUGCAUUACCAUAUGAAACAUAAGAGAUGUAUAACCUUGUUGAACCGUUAUUUCAUUGUUUAUUUUGGGUCAAAUAUUGUUUCAUGAUGUCGUUUCCAAUUCUUUAUCUCCUUUUAUCUUAGAUUAAUCAAACUUCCUCGAGACGUCUCUUGCUGACAACCACUCUUUGAUUUGGCUUUCUGUUUUCAACGAAUUCUCCUUUCUUUUCAAAAUUCACAAAUUCCCAAAAUUAUUCACAUACAAUUGAAUUGGAUAUGUUUGAAGAUUAGACCUGAAAUUAUAUUUCCCACCAUCAUUGACUUUAGUAUCACCAGCUAAAUUUCUAGAGAGGUCGAUAUAUCGGAACAUUAAAUAUUCUUCAAUCCGAACUGAUUAUUAUUUUUCGACUUGUUUGAAUUGAUUUGAAUCGAUUAGAAGUUAGAAGAAUUGACGGUUGCGCUUAAAAACUGAAAAAAGAAAAAAAAAAAUCUAGAGUACUUUUUUUUUUCACUUGUCUGUCUAACAAUUUGCUUUUACAGGAGCGAUUCUUUCCAUGAGUACAACUCCAGCCGAGGGAAGCUUAGAAAGACCAUAUCGAUCCAGAAAGACCAGACCUUGUGACAAUUGUCGACUUCGAAAAUCAAGAUGUGUACUUGAAGUUGUAGGAAAUCCUUGUGCGUUAUGUCUAACACUCAAAGUUGCCUGUACAUAUCACUUACCGCCCAUUAAACGCAACAAAUCUAAGAAAAGACCUGACUCCAUUUCUGAUGAAUCGGUUUUUGAAGCUCCUUCUUAUGAGGAUACCUACUUGAAUAAUAAUUCAUUAGCUGUUCACGGCAUCCAGCGUUCAUCCGAAAUUCCUGAAAGCCUAGGCGCGUCAUCAUCUGCUAGAAUACCUAACAGAAGUCAAGACAAACAAGGAUCUCAAAGGGCUCCCGUAAACUUUGCGGGGAUUACAGAAAUGUAUCGUACUUCUGACGAUAAGUUUGACAAGCUAGGUCUGGAUAUUUCUCUUAACUAUCCGUAUGUACUAGGCCCUACUUGUGAUUCUGAUAUUGACCUUAUUCGUGAAUAUUUUUCAUUCGAGAAUGGUGUAUGCUCUUUUGAUAACAUGACUUUGAAGUAUGUAUCUUCCAAUGCGAGAUCUCCCGUUAUGUAUAUUCUCGAUCCUGCAUAUGAAAAUGACCGCCAUAGCGAUUUUGCUCGCUAUGAGCGUGCAUUACACGACCUUUUAACUACUUAUGUCGAUGAAAUGACAGGACGCGUACUAGUUGAUUUGUAUUUUACUCACAUUCACCCCGCAUAUCCCAUUCUCCAUGGACCACGGUUCCUCCUUUCUUACAAAAACGGAGCGAGGAACGUUCCCUCUAUUCUUUUGGCAGCUUUGUAUUCUUUAUCGUUAAUAUAUUGGAAGAAAGAUCCAAGGCUUUCCAACAUUCCUCCUUUAGAUCAACGCAAGAUGUGGAAUUUGGUUGAAGACGGCUUGAAUUUUCAUUUUACCCAACCACGAUUGAGUACUAUUCAAGCUGCUUUAUUGUAUUUAAUUGGACGUCCCCUUUCUAAUAUGUACAGCCUUACAAGUAUCCUGUCGAGAACGACGGUUUUGUCCCAAUUGCUAGGAUUUAACCAUGAUUGUACAAACUGGGAAAUUCCAAACGAGGAAAAGACCAUUCGAAAAAGAAUAUGGUGGGCUAUUUUUAUUGCGGAUAAGUGGUAUUCUAUGUAUUUUGGUUUAGCAACGAAUAUCCAUGAAGAUGACUAUGUCGUUCCUAAAAUUGAUUCUAAUGAAACAUUACCCCUUGAAAUUACCUCUUCUAUGUCUUUUAAAACUUUUUUAAAAAUGAUUGAGCUCAGUAUGAUUUUACAGGACAUUCUGCAAGACUUGUUUACGAUUCGAGCUUUAAGCAAGCAUUAUAAGAAUAAUCGAUCUAUUUCCUAUCAAAUCACUGGAUUUUUCAGUCGUUUGAAUUCCGCACGUCCUUCAAAGUCUGAGGAACCCGGGUUGGGAGCUGCAUCACUAAUGAUUCAAUUCGACGCUGUAGAGAUUUUGUUAUGGAAAACGGCGCUUCGAUUUCAUUUGCCGGAAUUUCAAUCGGAGGACCUAUUUGCAUGUGUUGAAAAAGCGAUUUCAAAUUUUAUGGGUAUCUCGCCGGACUCAAUUGUCGACUUUUUUUGGCCGUAUGCUGGGUUCCAUUUAUCAACGCUUGUAUCGCUUUUAAUUCGCCUUCAUCUGGAUUUCCAUGAAAGCCAUACAUAUGGAGCAAGAGCUUUAUCAUUACUUGAUGCGUUUUUAAGACACUGUAUAACACUUCAUGCGACUGGUUUUGACAUUGUUGAAAUGGCAAUAGGUCGGUCGUCUUCUUUACUAAAAGAAUUAGGCAAACGAUAUCCUCAUCUGUCGGCUCUCUGGGACAAUGUAUUUCAUUUGGAUGGCGCGCUGGGGCCUGAUAUUUUUCAACUAACACAAGAGCAAAUAUUCGAUCCGUGGAAUCCUGAAGCAUGGUCAUCUUUUCGGCCAUGAUUGGUUCCCAAACUAUUUAUUUUUAUUUUCAAAAAUCUCCCAUCUUUUCGUGAACGUAAUCCAUAAAAUUGUAUAGACAGGGAAACCCCUCUGAUCUAUAUGUAAACAUGGUUGGUACAGUAACUUUCUUUGAAGC